CGAGUGUCUUCGAAUUGGAUAACCUAUUCCAACAUAUCAGCAGUUUUCUCAGCUUAUUUCCAUUCUCAGGAUGUUCGCAAAGAGUCUUCUAUGCCUUGUGCUCAUUGGCUGUGCUUUAGCACAAGAUUAUUCCGAUGAUCAAGCAGCACGAGAACAGCAGUUAUCUCCCAAUUAUGCUCGACAGAGCUACAAUGCUGAUUACUAUGAAACUGCCCGAGCUGAACCUUACGACUUCGGAUUCCAAAGUACUGAUGAAUUCGGCACCAUCAUGAACCGACAAGAAUCAUCCGACAACAAUGGUGCUGUCCGUGGCAGCUACGGAUAUACUGACCCCUUCGGUGUCUUCCGUCACGUCGACUAUGUUGCCGAUGAAUACGGAUUCAGAGCUGAAGUCAAAUCGAACGAACCAGGAAUGGGAACCCAAAGCCCAGCCAAUGUUCAAAUCUACGCUGAACCUCCUCCAGCAGGUGUUAUUGUCGAGCGACCCUAUUAUCAUCCCCAUGCCCAUGCCCACGGCCAAGGAUCACAGUCUGGUCAAGCUUCUGGUCAACAAGCUUCCCGAAGAAAUCCAUCCUCAUCCGCAAGCACAAACGCCAACCGACAAGUUAGACCUGUUUCAUCUGGCGCCCGAUUUGCAUCUACCUCUUCUGCCACCAGAACAUCCGUCUACCCCUACGUCCAACCUCAGCAGAAUGCUUUCUCUAACAACGCUUUGAGCGGUAACCAGUAUGCCACAUCCAACAGCAACCAAUACCCAUCCACUGUCAGCAGCCAGUACGCCGCUAAUGCUGCCGCUGCCGCUGCCUCCAACAGCGCUUCUUCUGGAAGCCAGUAUGCUACCGGCACUACCUACCAAGCCUCCGCUGCCAGUGUCUACCCAGCAAGGAACCCCUAUGGUUCCCAAGGUUAUGCCGGUCUUGCCACAAGCCACCUUGCCUCUGGAAGGUCCGCCAGCACUGAACAGCCAAUCGUUCCCAGGCCCUAUGAUGGUCCAACAUACAAGAUCGGUAACCCCCAUGUCACUGAAUUCACCAAGGCUGAUAAGGAAAAGAGCGGAACCUACUUGUUGCCCACCGUUGUUACCGCAGGAGGUGCUCCAACAACCCUUGUCAAGCAUAUCCAUACCUAUCCUGCAGCACCCGUAGCUUAAGCCUGUCUUCUCGAAAUAAAUUUCGGAAUAAAGCUCUAUGAAAAUGGUUCGUCUCAGCUGAAAUUCAUAGACAGAUCAGAAAUGACCUGUGAAUCUAUGAGUCUUCUUUGAAAUGCUGAGGAUAAAGAACUUUUCUUACUUGUUAAUUUAUAAAAAUGUUUUUGUUUUUUUUCAUUGCCGGGCUUGGUCAGAAUGGUAUUUAUUUAUUAGUAUUUAUUUGUACAGUAUUGUAACCGUAAAGAUUAAAUUCUUUUGAAGUAUCAAUGCCUGUUAUUUUCAAAAUUUAAAACCAAUUCAAUGUUAGUUAAAUAAUUAUGUUGGUGGAAGACAGCUAUGUUUUGUGUAAAAUGCAAAUGUUGCCCUACUUUAUGUAAGAAUAAUCAAUAAAUUCUGUUUUAUAUUA